UGUGACAAAGUCAAUCAGUCAAUGAAUAUUAUCAAUGAAAUUUGACAAGGUUCAAAACCGAAGACACUAGAACCCAAAUAAAAAAUGACCAGUAAAACAAUACUAAACGUAAUCGAUAUCUACCAAAAAGCACGUCUUUGCUUCGCCCAAUCAAUCGCCGACAUAUCGAGCAGAGCAGGCAACGUGGAUGUGCUUCUGAAAGCAGGAGCAAUCGAUCUUCUUAAGCCAUUACUGUCCGAUCCCUGUCCGCAAAUCCAACAGUGCGCCGCCAUUGCUUUGGGCAGGAUGGUGAGCUUCGACAUUAACGUGGCCCGAGAAGUCUUGGAAUCCGGCAUACUGCCUCUGUUGGUCGACAGAAUCGCACACCAAAAGAAGCAUCAGAAGAAGGCGACCAUGUUCGUGCUGCGCACCCUGUGUAAGCACGGACCGGAGCUGGCCAAUUUGGUGAUAGCGGGCGGAGGUUUGGUGAGCCUCGUCACCUGCCUGGAGGACUUGGAGUGUUACGUGAAAGAGUCGGCCGCCUGGGGUAUAGGCUACAUAGCCCGUCACGAUGCGGAACUGGCCCAGUGUUGCGUCGAUGCGGGUUGCCUGCCCUUGCUGGUGCUGUGCUUGCAGGAGCCGGACUUGGCGCUCAAACAGGUUACCACCAGCGUCCUAUCAGAUAUAGCCAAACACAACCUGGAACUGGCCCAAGGUGUGGUCGACAUCGGUGCGGUGCCGCAUCUGGUGAAGAAUCUGAGUCACACGGACGAGAAGUUGAAGAAGCAGACAUUGUGCGCGCUGACCAACUGUGUGAAACACAAUGCGGAACUGGCGGAGAUGGUGGUGGAGGCCGAGAUCUUCCCGACCGUGCUGAUGUUGCUGGUGCACCAGUCGCAGGCCGUCAGGAGGAAUGCCGCUUGUUUAAUCAGAGACAUUGUUAAGCACAAUUUGGAGCUGGCGCAGCUGGUGGUCAAUACUGGAGGUGUUGGAGCUUUGGUCGAAGUUGUGGCGUUGGCUGAUGAUGAAACGAAGAUUCCAGCCAUCACCGCUUUGGGUUUUAUGGCCGGACAUUCUGAGCAGAUGGCCCUGUCAGUCAUGGGCUGCAAUUUGGUGCUAAAUCUGGCGGACAUACUCAGAAAGUCCCACAACGAGGAUCUACUCAGCGUCACCGCCUGGACUUUGGGGCAAAUCGGAAAACACAGUCCGGAGACGGCGAAUGCGGUGGCAUCAACAGACGUUUUCGAAAAAUUGACGGAUAUAUGCUCUAGCAAAAUUGGCUCGGAGGAUUUGCAGUGUAAGGCGAAGAAUGCACUGAAGUUGUGCCUCCAGAAGAGCAUGUUGCUGUCGGCUUUGGAACCGUUGCUUUUCAAUGCUCCUUCCUACAUUUUAAAAUAUGUUUUGGGACAGUACAGCAAGGUUUUACCAGAAGAUCCAAAGGCCAGAAGACUCUUCGUGACGUCGGGCGCUUUGAAACGGGUGCAAGAAAUCGAAGUGACCCCCGGCACAGCCCUGUGCGAAUACGUAAACAUAAUAAACGCCUGCUUCCCUGAAGAGAUCGUCCGGUUCUAUUCGCCCGGAUAUUCGGACACGUUGUUGGAGAAGGUGGAACAAUAUUCUCCUCAGAUUUUGACCGUACUGAGGGAGACCAGUGUACAAAAUACGGACAUUCAGACGGACUUGACGACCAUUGUUGACGAUACGGAUUAUGAUGCUAAUAUUGAUUGUCAGAUGUAGCCCAAUUUAUUGGAGGUAAUCUUGGUUGC